CACAAACUACAAAAAUCAAAAUAUCCUGGCGUGGCAAGUGAUCUUUAAAUUCAGUUCAGGAUGCAGAGAUAUCGACAUAACAGAGGGUAUGUCAAGCCGCGUCAUCAAAGAUGGCAGCAGCGUGGUAUCGCCUACAUAGAGGACGAUGAUGACUGUAUGGACAACUUCUGUAUUGGGGUCAGUGCACUCUCCAUUCCAGACCAGACAGAAACCUCCAGAAACCUUAGAGAGGCAAUCAAGGAUGGGGACAUUGCUGCUGUAAUUAACAUUGCCAAACAGGGUGCCAAUGUGUCCAGAUUUGUGACAUGUUCAUGUGAAGACUGUCUCUACAAUGAUGGAUGUCCUGCUUCUCUACACCUCCAACCUACCACCCCUCUCAUUAUGUCCAUAGUAGAGUCCAAAACAGACAUUGCAGCAGAGUUGCUGAAGUAUGGAGCUGACCCAAAUAUAACUAAUGGGCUGCAGGAGACCCCCCUCCUGCAUGCAAUUUGGCAGGGCAAUUUAGACCUGGUCAGCCAUCUAUUAAAGCACAAGGCUGAUCAUAGCCAGAAAGACUCUCGUGGUGUGACCCCUAUAAAGCAAGCCUGUCAGCAUGGUACUCUUGCAAUGGUGAAGGAUCUACUUGACAAUGGAGUGGAUAUUAAUGAGACCACUGUCCAUAAGUUUACUCCCUUGCAUCACGCAGUACUUGGUGGUAAUGCAGACAUUGUUGAGUAUAUACUAGAUGAGGGUGCUAACUUGAAUGUACAGUCAUAUAUGGGAGACACACCAUUCCUCCUCGCAGUUAAGCUCAACCAUAUUGACAUUGUGCAACUAUUCCUAAGCAAGGAUAUAGACCUUAAGUUUGAGAAACAAGGAGAGAGGAGUCUUAGAGAGUCCCAGAGUUCUGAGAUUAUGAAGCUACUGCUAGAUAAAGGCAUAUGUGCAAUGGAGGUGGAUGAAUGGGGUGACUCAGUUUUCAAGUCCAUAAUAGCCCAGCUAAGGAGGGACUCUUCUGAUGAGCCUUUUCAGGUUUUGAAGCAGAUGUGCAGCCAUUAUGGGUACAAUAACCUUGGUAAGUGGCAGGAUGUUGUGCUCCACAUGGCUGUGUGGAAUUGUGACAUUGAGAUGACUAAGCUGCUCCUUGAGGCUGGUGCCAACCCCAAUGUCGCCCUAGACUCAUACUAUCCCUUGAUAACUGCAAUGGAAAACUAUUCAGAUGAUAUUUUUAAACUGUUGAUACUUUAUGGUGCUGAUAUAAACCCCACCAAAGGUGCUAAUCCUUUUAUCACUGGUUGCCAAGGAGAUGGAACGUACCUUAUGUUGAAGAUCCUUUACACUGCUGGCUGUGACCUUGACCCCUUAAGGUCAUGGAUAGAUGAAGGUAAAGCAGUUCAGAAACUGCAAACUGACGAUGUUGUUACAUGGAGUUGGAUUCAGGAUGUUGUGUCUCAGCCACGCUCAUUGAAACAACUGUGUGGAAUUGCAAUCAGACAAUUGCUACACCAACCCAUCUAUUCACCAACUGAGAAGCUUCCACUACCGAAACCCCUCAAAGAGUACCUAUUGUUCGAAACUGAGUAAUUAUUUCAAACUGAGAAACAAAAAUCAAGAAUCUCUCGUUUGUCAGUUAUCCAUGGUGGAUGCACUAGGGACUCAAAUAUAUAUUCCAGCUUCAUAGUUGUCAUUUACAGUCAUGUGUAUCUGUACAUGUAUGUAUGUUGAUUGCUCAAUGUACUGCUGCUGGAAAUAGGUGAAAUGCAAUGUAUAAAAAGUUAAUGUUCAGUAUUAUGUGGAAAAUGGUGCUUUUUAAUGCUCUAAAUAACCCAGAGUAUGAUGUGCAUCAAUCAGCAGGGAUUUGCCAGUGUAAAAAUUUUUAAACGUGAUAAAAAUUAGAAGGAGCCAGAACUAAAAAUGGUUAUUUAGUAUUUUCUUCUGUAUUUUCAAAUCCUGGCUACAGGUCUGAUCAUUCAAUAAGGAUAAACAAUUUUUCUAUGUUAAUUCAUUACUGUGCUAUUGUAAUUAUAUACAUCUGUAUUGUUAAAUCCAAAAUGUUUU